UUGUAAUCUGUUUUGGUCACAUUGAAGUAAACAAACGAUGUACAUGGUGUUUUUCUAAACGCAGCUGAUUAGCAAGAUGAGUGCAAGUGCUUUUAACUUUGACAUAAAGUUGAAACGCGAAAACAAAGUGUACUACGAAAAUGACAUGCUAAUUGGUUGUGUGCAAUUUCAAUGCCCCAGCGAAACGAAGCACGAUGGAAUACUCCUAACACUCGACGGCGUUGUCAAUUUGCAGCUAAGCAGUAAAACUGUUGGACUUUUCGAUGCCUUUUACAAUUCCGUUAAGCCCAUCACUUUGCUGCAGAACAGCCUGGAGCUUUCAGCACCUGGCAAACUCUCAGCAGGCAACUCGGAGUUUCACUUCGAAUUGCCUUUGGUGUGCAAAAAAGAGCCACGAAAGUUAUACGAGACAUAUCACGGCGUCUUUAUCAGCAUCAAUUAUCAGCUGAAAUGUGAUGUUAAUGUGAAGCGUAAUUUCCUGGGCAAAUCUCUACAGAAGACGCAACAAUUCUGUGUGCAAUACAAACCCUUGCCCUUGGACAAUGAGGCAUCUCGUCUCGCAGUUCCCUUCAGUCUGAGCAUGAGCAAUGCCAAGGAGCGUGUCACAAUGCCUAGAUUUCUGAUCACAGGACGUUUGGAUCGUCUGGAGUCGUGCGUCACGAUGCCCAUCACUGGCAGCCUGACUGUGCAACACACGGAGGCGCCCAUCAAGUCCAUUGAAAUGCAGCUGGUGCGUGUGGAAACCUGUGGCUGCGAUGAAGGCUACUCCAAGGAUGCUACCGAAGUGCAAACGAUUCAAAUAGCCGAUGGAAAUGUUAUGCCCAAACUCGAAAUACCCAUUUAUAUGGUCUUGCCACGUCUUUUUACUUGCCCCACGCUGCUAACGAAGAACUUUAAAAUUGAGUUUGAGCUGAAUUUGGUUGUGUUGUUCAAGGAGGAUCACAGCGUCAGCGAGAACUUUAAAAUUCUUCUAAAACGAGCCUCGGGACCUUUGCCAAGCAAAUUAACAACAGCGGGACGCUGAAUUACUCGAAUACAUUUAUUUACUUUAAAUCAGUAUGAAUAGGCUGCUAUCUAUUUCAACAUACUUUUUUUUAAUUUUAAGUUUAAUCUUGUAAUAUUAUGUUGAAUGCA